AUGUCUCUUCCGAAGACUCUCCACUUUCCCGACAGGCCGCAGUUCUCGGCUUUUAUGAAGCCAUGUCGGGUUGAGGGCGAGGUGAACAAUCUAGAGGUCUAUGGAGAUAUUCCAAAUGACAUCGACGGCACAUUUUUUCGGGUAAUGCCCGAUCCCCAGAUGCCACCCUUCAUCGAAAAUGAUCCGUGGUUCAAUGGCGAUGGCAAUGUUAGCGCCUUUCGGAUUAAGAAUGGCAUCGUAUCGUGGCAACAAAAGUUCGUACGUACCGAGAAAUUCGUGCGCGAAAGAGAAGCAGGGAAAGCCCUUCUUGGAAAAUAUCGGAAUAAGUUCACAGAUGCCGUCCGGUUCAAGAUCCGUAGCACAGCAAAUACCAACAUUGUCUUCUUCAAUGGGCAGUUGUUGGCCCUGAAGGAAGACUCCCCGCCAUAUGCGAUGGAUCCCUCGACUUUGGAGACAAAAGGUCUGUACGACUUCGAAGGACAACUUCCAAGUGUCACUUUCACGGCACAUCCCAAGUUUGAUCCGAAGACCGGCGAAAUGGUCUGUUUUGGCUACGAGGCAAAGGGUGAUGGCACACCAGAUGUUUGUUACUACCAGGUCAGGCCAGAUGGGUCUUUCUCCGACAUUUGCUGGUUUGUGGCGCCUGUUUGUGCCAUGAUACAUGACUUUGCGGUGACCGAGAACUGGGUACUCUUCCCGCUUAUUCCCCAACUAUGCGACAUCGAUCGCCUCAAGGCUGGCGGGGAACACUGGCAAUGGAGUCCCGAGACCCCUUUGUAUAUUGGCGUCAUCCCUCGACGGGGACCAAAGUCUGGAGACGUUAAGUGGCUCCGAUGGGACAACUCCUUUCCUGGACAUACACUCAACGCGUACGAAGACCACAAUGGACACGUUAUAUUCGACCUCGGUAUCAGCAAACAGAACGUAUUUUUCUGGUGGCCAGACAGCCAGGGGUCAGCACCAGAGCCCAGCACAAUCACGUCGCAGUUAAUGCGAUUCACAAUCGACCCGAACACAACUAGUGAAAUACUGUCUGACCCCGAGAUCCUACAUACCGGCAAUAGUGAAUUCUACAGAAUAGACGAUCGCUUCGCCACACGAAAGCAUCAACACUGUUUCUUCGAUCUCAUGGAUCCCUCCCUGGGCACUGACUUUGAAACAAUAGGGCCUCGUCUCGGGGGCGGGUACCCUCUAUAUAAUGCUCUAGCUCACGUGGACUUACAGACUGGGAUCUCAGAGGUUUACUUCCCUGGUCAGACACAUCUGGUGCAAGAGCCGGUUUUCAUUCCAAAGGCAGGAUCUUCUAUCGAAGGAGACGGAUACCUCAUGGCUCUGGUCAAUAACUACGAGUCGAUGACAAGCGAGCUGCAUUUGUUGGAUUUGACGGAUAUUAGCAAGGCCAGAGCGGUUAUUCCUCUGCCGGUUCGGCUUCGGCCCGGCCUGCAUGGAAAUUGGGUCGAUAGUAGUGAUAUGCAGUCUGUAUAA